AUCUUAAAACGUCCAGUUACAAAGAUGGCGACUGAUCGCCGAAGUGGAGGAAUUGAACGUGUUUUGUCGAAGUGUCAAUCUUGUGUAGAAGCUGGAAAUUACUAUGAAGCACACCAGAUGUAUAGAACAUUAUAUUUCAGGUACAAAGGACAAAAAAAGUACACAGAGGCUGCAAAUCUACUUUACCAUGGUGCACUAACACUGAGGAAACAUGAUCAGACAUCCAGUUUUACAGAUUUGUCCUUUUUACUGAUCGACCUCCUGAAUCAGUCGGAGACACCUGUAUCUGAAGAUAUUAUAGAGAAAAUAGUCACCAUAUUUAAAGGAAUGGAACCCCAAAGUGAAGAUAGACAUACCUUUCUUGUGUCUGCAGUUCGGUGGACCAUGAAGGCCAAUUCGGAACACAAGCGAGGACAUCCUGACCUCCAUCAGAAGUUCGGCUUGUCUUUCUGGGAAGAAAAAAAUUACGGACAAGCAAGGUAUCAUCUUCUACAUUCACAAGAUGGACAGAACUGUGCCUUGAUGUUAAUAGAGUGUCAUGUAAAUGGUGGCUACCCCUACGAAGUAGACUUAUUUAUAGCACAAGCAGUUUUACAAUAUUUAUGUUUGAGAAACAAAGACACAGCACAGGUUGCUUUCGUUAAAUAUACAGAGAAUCAUCCAGAUGUACAGAGUGGUCCCCCCUAUGUUCAUCCACUCCUUAACUUUCUGUGGUUCUUAUUAUUAGCUGUAGAAGGGGGGCCUUUGAGUGGGAGGAAACCAGAGUACCCAGAGGAAACCCACGUGUCCGAGUGGGCGACCACCAUACCCUCUCACAUACAACCACUGCCGAUCAUGGAGAUCGAACUCAGGUUACAGCGAGGAAGAGUUGCUGUGUUCUCUAUUUUAUGUGAAAAAUAUCAAGCAUCCAUUAACAGAGAUCCCUCUUAUAGAGAGUAUCUGGAUCAAAUAGGACAGCUAUUUUUUGGAUUACCACCUCCUCCCAAACAGUCUCAGGGCCUCUUCGGAAAUUUACUACAGAGCAUAAUGGGAGAUGAUGGUGAUGAAGACUCUUUGCAGCAAUCUACAUCUUCUGAUGGCCCCGCCCCCCAACCAUCAAGUCAAAGUGCAACCUUAUCUCCAGUGGAAUUAGAUUAAACAAUCUGUUACACUUUUCACCAAAUUCUGUAUGAUUUAAAAAGUGCUAUGGACGAUUUAUUUAUACACUGCAUAUUUAUUUCAGACUGAACACAUGUAUUUAUGAUUAAAUAGUUUCAUUGUAAGUGGUAUCUAAAUUUAAGGACGAUAUCUACAACAAUACUUGAAAUGGAAAACUUUAAAUUUUACCUCAUUUAGUGAAAGAACACAGUUUUAGUAGAGAGUCACCUGAAGGAAUUAAAAUCCCUGCUCGACUCAAACCUAUAAUCUGCAGAUUGACAUAUGGACAUAUGUUCACCAACAGAGCUAUCCAGUUGGGCAAUUAGAAUUAAAAGGACAAAGUAUAUUGCUUGAAUUUAUUUUUCCAUUUUUUUUUUUACGUCAAAUAGAAGUCAGCCAUUGACUAUGUGUUUUCCUCUGGGGAUAAAACACCAAAGAAACUAUUGAUUCGAAAAGUGGAGGACAUGUACAUUUAUAUUAUAAAAUUGAAAACUUAUACCUUAUUUAGUAUAAAAAUGUAAUUUUAGUAGAAAGUAACCUGCAAAAAAAAAUUAAAACCCCUGCCAAGAUUCAAACCCAUGAUCUACAGAUAUGCAUCUUCACAUGUUAACCAACUGAGCUAUCCAGCCAGGCAAUAGGAUUUAAGGAAGGAGUAUAUUUGGUUUUUGGUUUUUUUUCAUUUGUGAUUUGAUAAUAAUCAGUUCAUUAUGGCACUGUGUUAUUCCUUUUUAAUGUUCUUUGUUCACAGGAACAGAUUCAUACAAAUUGGACCAAACAAUGUAUAUGAUGAUUGAGAAUGAUGUUAUCAACUAUGUUCACUUCAAUAUGAUAUUUAUAAUGCAUGGUCAACAUAUAUGGACUGGUAUUGAACUCGUAUGUAUUAGUAAGAGUUAUCAUUCUUUGACUCCAACGGCUGUAUUUCAAUAUUUUGCAGGUUAACUAUAUUAUGCAUUGGAUUGCUUCUGUAUUUGACAGUCUUAAUGCAGGGAUUGUUGUUGUUUUUUAAAGAAAAAGAUACUGUAAAUCACCUGAAAAUGCUUUAUGACAUGAAAACGACAUCUAGAUCUGUAUCAGAACUGCUAAAUUGAACCAUUUGAUUUACAUGGUAGACGAAAAGUUUACAGUGUGUUUCUACUAUGUGUAAUAAAGUAAGUUAACAUA